AUGGUAGGCGUUUUCCGGCGCUCCCUCUCCUUCCCAAACAAAAAUCCGAACCGUCCAUCACAAAAACCCCACAUAUCCCACCACAUCAGGUCCAUCAGUCUUCCCUGCAGAUCCCACCCUCUGAUCUCCGAGAUCAGGGACGAGAUCAACGGCCUCAGAUCGUGGGCCUCCACUUCCAAAGCCCAACAACAAAGUUGCACGACCCUUUCUCGGGGCUUGACCCUUCUCAAGGACACCCACGAGACCCUUCAACACAUACUCAACCUCCCCCAGACUCUAGAAUCCCUCCGAAACCAUCCUCUCUGGUUCCACAACCUUCUAGAAGAUUUCCUCCGCUUCGUCGACGCCUUCGGAAUCUUCCAAACAUCCGUCAUGACUCUCAAGGAAGAGCACUCCUCCGCCCAGAUGGCCAUAAGAAAACGCGACGACUCCAAGGUGGUCGCCUACGUAAAAGCCAAGAAUAAAAUCUCCAGAGAAAUUGAAAAGAUCGUGUCUGUUCUCCGACGUGUCAGUCUUGCCCAACACCAACAACAUUGCACGCAGCAGGCUCCAACGUCCCUCGUGGACGCCGAACUGAGACACGUCAUCGCGGAUGUUAUGUCCGUGACGGUGUCCGUUUCCGUUGCGCUGUUCAACGGGAUGGCAGCGUCGUUCGCGCCUCGAAGGUUGUCGUGGGCGCAAAUGGUGAAGCUGUCGAGAAAGGGUGGGAGGGUGAAGAAAGAUCGUGAAGAGCUUCGAGAACGGGAUGUGGUGGAAAUGGAAAGUCUUCGGAAUCUGAAGAAGAAAGGCGAUGAAGAAGUGAGAUUGGUUUUGAAGAAAAUGCGGGAUUUGGAUGAAUGUAUUUCCGCCAUUGAAAACGAUACCGAGAAAGUGUUGAGGGCUUUGAUAAACUCUCGUGUCGCUCUGCUCAACCUUCUUACUCUUACACAGUAG